GGUCAGAGAUUUCUGUUCCGGCGCUGUAGUGUACAUGACACGGUUUCAAGUUUGUUUUUGUUUACGUUCAGAGUCUUUAAAUCCCUUUACAAAUCCGUUUUUUUAGCCACCUUACCGUAAAAUAUCGCCGUGUUCAUGGUUAUUGAAUCAUGGCUUGACCCCGUUACAGGAAGGUGACGUUAUUUUGGGCAUUAUACAGGCAGCAGUCUUUUGAAUGUUUUUUUGUGUGUUCUGAUUUGCAAAGAUGCCACUGGGUCUGAAGCCUUGCUGUAGCGUUUGCAAGACCAAUUCCUCCUCAAUGUGGAAGAAAGGCAGUCAGGGUGAGAUCUUGUGCAAUAACUGUACAGGGAAGAGCGCCAACUGCACUGGUACCACGGGAACAUCCUCCUCCAUAGCACAGCAAAAUAAUGGUGGCGGGAAACAGUCGAAACAAGAGAACCACAGGCGGUCAGCGCGAUUAAGAAACACCAAAUACAAGGCCCCAGCUUCUGAAAAGAAAGUUUCUACCAAAGGGAAAGGCAGACGGCAUAUAUUUAAACUUAAAAACCCAAUUAAAGCACCAGAACCUGUAUCUACAAUAAUCACUUCUGAAUCUGUGUUUUACAAGGGUGUGUAUUACCAGGUUGGAGAUGUUAUCAAAGUGAUCGAUGAAGAGGAUAGAAAGCCAUAUUACGCACAGAUCCGGGGGUUUGUUCAAGAUCAGUACUGUGAAAAGAGUGCAGCCCUGACUUGGCUCAUUCCCACCCAGGCCAGCCUUGGAUACCAGUUUGAUCCAGCUACCUAUAUAGUCGGACCAGAGGAGGACCUUCCAAGAAAAAUGGAGUACUUCGAAUUUGUGUGCCACGCCCCUUCUGAAUAUUUCAAGUCUCGCUCUUGUCCUUUUCCCACCAUUCCAGUUCGACCUGAAAAAGGCUACAUAUGGACUCACAUUGGACCCAUGCCUGCCAUUGCAAUCAAAGAAUCUGUUGGAAACAGUUUGUAGCCUGGUUUGAUAGUCAUUCUCUGCCUAUGAAGUGCCUGAUGUAUAAAAAGUUGAAAUUGAAAGAGAUGGAAAGUGUUGCAAUUUUCUGGGACAGCAAAAAGGUUAGUACAUCAUAAUUUGAGGAUAUGAAAAAUAUAUAAAUACAUUGAUGUAAAUAAAUACAGCUUUGCCUGGUUGUUCUUGCAUAGCCACAAUAUGCAUUCUUGUCCCAAACAAAGAUGCCACUUCACACUUUAUUGCCUGCAAUCCAUUGACAGUAGAAUACAAAGCUAGGUUUCAGUGUUUGCAAACUAUUUGUGGCAGAAUAUAGAGAUGGCAUGUUGUAAGGUUUGAUCCCUUUAGUGGGAUUGCAGAAUAAAAUAUAGUAAACUAUGAGAACAUUUGAAUACGGUGAAAUUACAAAUAUAGGUUUUAAAGCUAUGCAAAUAUUGUAAAAACAAUAAUCUCUUUGAAAAAAUUCAGUAUACUAACCAGAAGUAUUGAAGACUGCUACAGUUAUACGAGCAGAGGAAGGGGCCUAGGACUUAUGCACCUAACUAUUCUCAUAAUUGUUAGAUAUUCUCAGAAAGAGAUUUAUUUGUAAAUACAUAAUCCCUAGAUGUCUUGUGUCCUUGAAUUAUUCUAUUGUAUUUAUUAUUUUCUUAUUUUUAACCCACAAUAGACUGCAUCACCAAGGAUAGAAGUAGCCUAUAUUAUGAAGCACCCCCCUAAGUGGAGCUUGUGUGAGGUUACAAUACCACUGCCGUUGCUGCCCCUACCAUUAAUAAUAUCUAAUAAAACAUUGCAGCAGGCAACUUCACAUUGUCAGUGUUCUGGAAAGUCCUGAGCACACUCUACUUUGACCUGUGACCCAAAUGGUCACCCUAUUGGGGUCAUGUGACUUUUUGGUUUCCAGCUGAUAAAGACCUAAUGCUUUCAGAUAUUAGUCAUACUUGAUACUAAUAUGGCUGCCAUAUUGAGGUCAUCUGACUUUUAAAGUUACAACUCCACAGUAACAGUACACUUUUAACCCUGAGUAACCCUUUUAUUGCUGCAUUGUUUUAACCUCUAGUCAUAUCAGUGAUAUAGACCACAUCGUAUGGUCUUUUUAGUUGGUACACAGUUGUAUUCUACGAUUAUCUAUUUGUAUCACAUUAUUUUAAUCUAUGACCAUAUAAUUGACACAGUCUACUCGCUUACAGACAGGGUCUUUACACUUGUAUUUAUUGAUUCUCUCCAUAAAGUAUACCAUUGCAACAUUCAGUAGAAAUUAACCUUUUCACUGCCACAUUUUAUUUACCUUUGAAUAUAUCAGAUACAGAUCACUCACAUCUCCCUGUUACAUUUGACAAAUACUCUGUUAUUUUCUCAGAUAAAAUGACAUUUUCAAUGACAAAAUAUCAUGUCUACUUCCAGCAACAGCAAUUCAAAUAAAUGUAUUAUGUUAAAUGUAUUAUUGAUUAAAAAUAAAUAAAUAUAAUAAUA